GAGGAGGGAAGUGACUUGUAAAGACAAAAAAAGGGAGGGGAGAGAGAGGGACAUUAAGGUGACAUUAUAGGCGAGGAAACACAGGGAUGUUUGCACAGAUAACACACGCUCCUGUGCAGUAAACACAGUUUACAGAGGGAAAAAAGGGCAGGUCAGAAGGGACAGGAGGGUGGGUGGGGUCAGGUGAUGAUGAUGAUCCAAACAGUGACUCUAUGUGUCUGUGAAUGUGUGUGUGAGUGUGAGGGUGGGCUGUUACUGUAAACUGUGACACUCAAGAGGAAACCAAGUUGGGGGAAAAAAAGAGGACCCAGCUUGUGUCACUGUAAAUUCAGCAACAUCAGAUGAACGCCAGGGUUUCACUGCAGUCCUAAACCGACACAUAUACCUCACCCACUGGGCGUCAUGUCAACCGGCCCCGGCUUUGGCGCACCUGGCCUGGCUCAGAGUCCCCAGUCGACAGGACCUGUCGGCCUCCAGACCCUGCUGGACCUGCUGGUGGGGGUCUACCAGGAGUUCUGCUCGUCCCCCUUUGCGAGGGAAAAAUAUGUCUCUGGUUUCCUGCAAUGGGCUGAGCCCCUGGUGAGGCAGGUGAAGAGGACACGCAUCAAACGAGAAGACUUUCACAUCCUGAAGGUGAUUGGCCGAGGCACAUUCAGCGAGGUUGCUGUGGCAAGGAUGCGACACACACAAGAGGUGUACGCCCUGAAGAUUAUGAAUAAGUGGGACAUGCUGAGGCGUGGCGAGACGGCGUGUUACCAGGAGGAGAGGGAGGUUUUACUGAAGGGUGACAGACGCUGGAUCACAGAACUGCACUAUGCAUUUCAGGACGACAACUUUCUGUACCUGGUGAUGGAUUACUAUGUUGGGGGCGACCUGCUGACCCUGCUCAGUAAAUUUGGAGACAGAAUUCCUGAGGAAAUGGCUCAGUUCUACCUGGCUGAGAUGGUCAUGGCUAUUGACUCUAUCCACAAACUGGGUUAUGUCCACAGAGACAUCAAACCUGACAACAUCCUGCUGACAGCUGACGGACACAUCAGACUGGGGGACUUUGGUUCUUGUCUCAGGCUCCUGGAUGAUGGCAUGGUCCACUCAUCUCUAGCAGUUGGGACCCCAGACUACUUGUCUCCAGAGAUUUUAAGAGCAGUUGAUGGAGGUGGAGGUUAUGGUCCUGAAUGUGACUGGUGGGCUUUGGGUAUCUGUGCCUAUGAAAUGCUGCUGGGGACAACACCUUUCUAUGCAGAGUCCAUCUCGCUAACGUAUGCUAAGAUCAUCAACUUCCAGGAGUAUUUUGAGUUCCCUCCUUCUGGCCCUGAGAUUUCCGACAAGGCUCGUUCCUUCAUCACUGGGCUCAUCUGUGAGAGGGAAAUCCGUCUGGGGAGGAAAGACUUCAGUGACUUCAGGAGCCACCCGUUCUUCUGUGGACUGGACUGGGGUUCCCUGCAUAAGCUCUCUGCCCCCUACCGACCCGAUGUGUCCAAUCCGACUGACACGUCCAACUUUGACAUUCUGGAUGACUGUCUAACUGAAGCGGAAACAUUGUCUGAUGUAAUGGACAGAGCACCAAUAGGAAUACACUUGGCCUUUGUUGGGUAUUCUUACACUGCCACCAGUCAGACGGGCGCCAUCGACCGCAGUCAUGACAUCAUGAUGCAGAUUGACCGCACAAGGCUCAGGGAGUGCGAGAAUCUGUACACCGCGGAGAAACUGAGCCAGCUGUUGCAUCUCACAGAUACUCUGCCGCACUCCCUGCCUGCGCUGCUGGAGCUGCCACUCUCUCUGGAACAAGGCUGUGCUGCAUCCACCCAAACCACCACUGAGGAGGAGGAGGAGGAGACUGAGCAGUUAUCAGUACUUGAUGAAGACUUGCAGAGCAAGUUACAAGAAGCUGAGAUGAGACGCUGUGAGCUCGAGAAGGAGAUGGAGCGACUGAAGGGUGAGAUGCAGGACUGGAGAGCCUCCAGAGAAACAGAGCUGAGUAUCUACCCAGCAUCCCUUGCUGUGCCUGCCCACUGUGUGGAUGCACCAGGGGAUGUAAGCCUCUCUUUAAUCCACUUCCAUAUUUUUUCAUCACUGCCUGACAUGGGGAAAAAAACAAAAACACACCUUUUUACUCGGCACGAAACCUGUGCGACUGUCGGAUUCAUUCGCAGAAAGCUCUUCAGAAGUCAGACAGAAAGUAUAUCUAUGACAUGUGAUGUGUCCACUUGGCUCUUUGUUGUACAGCCUCUGUUGUCUGUUCACUGCUCUGACUUGCAUGUGUUACAGACGAGGAGGAGGAGGAGGAGGACAGCGCCCCCAACUUGCCAUUACCCGCUGGUGCUUUCUCUCCACCGUCACCUGCUCCUGUUCCACAGGGUUCACCUACCGCAGACGAUGAGUGAGUCGUACCUGCUGGUGUGUGCAGAGCUGGGGGAGGUUGAGGUCUGGGAGAGGCAUUGUUACACUGAGCUCUCCUGAGUGCACACACACUGACUUGGACCACGGGACCAUGCUCAACGACGUUCACUCACUCUCAGCUUCCCAAGUAAGAGAAAGGAAGAAGGAGACGCAAAGAAUGGAAUGAACCUUUUAAAUGAACGUUGGUGAGGCAAUCCUGCUGGGAGCUAGUGAGGAAGACAUGAUGAGGACAUCUCUCUGACCCACCUUGCCUGCUCACCAGAAUGAAAAUCAUGACUAAGAUGCACUAAGAGCUCAAAGACCACUGAGGAAAAAGAGACUCAUCUAAUCUCAGACACUGAUAUCUAAGUGUACAAGCCUGAGAAAGACGUACAUGAAGUUUGAAACACAACUCAUCAGUGACUUUAUGAGAUACUGAAGGCACAAACACGAUAAACACGAUUUUCUUUUUGUUCUACUUUUGUAGCAAACGGAGAGUAAGAAACUAUUUGUCCUGCACAGAUUUAUUUUAAAAUCAGUUUUAUUUGUGUCGUGCCAAAUCACUCUUUCCACUUGCGUUACCAGGCACUUUACAUAGUAAGGUUGAGACCUUACAAUAUUAUGGAACGAUGACUGAAGAGAUGACGGGGCUUUUAAUGAUGUGUGUGUGUGUCCAGUACAAAUCAAAACACUCACACUUUAUAGCGGUGCCUAUACCAUAGUUCUAUGGUUUUUCAUGUGUCUCAUGUAUCUGCACUUUGGUUUGGUUUGUCCUUUUUCAGUAUUUCAAAGGUUCUGAGUUGCUCUUGCAGUGUGAUGUGCUGCAUGACGUUGGACACUCCGAGUGAUGUGAUGUCAAACAUAAAGCACAGAUGUAACUCGGGCAGAUCUCUCAUAUUUUUGAAUGCUCGACAGAGUUUCUUUUAUUUUUCAACAUGACAAAUAUCCCAAUGACCCCCUUGUACUGUAUAUUUCCCAAGCAAAUAAAAUAUCAAAAUGACUAUAAUGGAUUUAUCUGGAAACAAACCCAAGACCACGCAAACAACAUCAAGACUCUCAGUGAAAGACCAUAUUGGUCUUGUGAAUGUGGUCUUGACUGCAACGAUACAUUGACAGUAUCAAUAAAUAAUAAAGUCAGUUCCAGGUUUAACUGUAGAAUGUAAACUCGAGAUGUAGAGAGAAGCAGCAGAGGAGAGUGGAGUCAAAUACACUGCACUGUGCUGCAUCUAGUCUCUGCUGCAUCUCAUUCAGGAAAAUGUAUGAUUCUGAUUCUUUACCUUUUUUUUUUACUGUAUAAGCUUAACAAUAUUUAAGGGAAAUACACAAAAAAUGUACUUUAAAAGUGCUUCGACACACGGGUCACAGUGUGUUUAAGCAUGACGUUGACUUGCACAUUUAAUACACACAAGCACAGGUGGAGGAGAAAAGUGCGGUUGACACGGUGUAACCCUAAUAUGAAUUGUGAAAUCAUGGACAAAUAAAUGGUUUUUAAAUUUA